AUGGUGAUACCUGUAAGGUUGGUGAUCGGAAGAGGAGGUAGAAGAGGUUUUGCCAGUACUUUGGUGGCUUUAAGAGAACGAACUCUUCAACAAAAGGUAUUCAACCGAUUAUUGCGACCUCCAAGAAAGAUCACCAAGGAAGAAAAGAGUGCUAAAUCUUCAAUAAAAAUGUGGCUAGCUCAUUGGAAUAACGAAAAGGAGACUGAGAGGGAGCUGAAAGAUUUCCAGGAUUUGAUUAUGGUGAAUGUAGACGUCGCUGGCACAAAGGAUAAUCAGAUAGUGGCCCAUGGGAUAAAUCAGUGGCAUUUCAACAACCCAGCAGCUACAGCGAUAACUACGCCAACUUUACUGAUCCACGGUUACGCAGCCUCAUCGAUGGCAUACUAUAGGAACUUUACCGGUUUGUCGCAGACGGUGACCGAUUUGUAUGCUAUAGACUUACCAGCUAAUGGGCUAUCGGCGGAGCAACCAUUCAAGCUUAAUGGCGACAAGCCUCGAUCUCUUAAAGUGAAGUAUUUGGACAAUGACAAGUUUUCGGUUCAACAUGUAAUUGAUGAAUCGGGGACUAAGCAAAUGAUUCAGCAGUGCGAAAGUUAUUACUUGGACAAGAUAGAGGAGUGGAGAAAGGUUAACAAACUCGAGAAGAUCAACUUGGUGGGCCACUCGUUUGGAGGGUACUUAUCGUUCAAAUAUGCUCUCAAGUAUCCGAACUCAAUUGAAAAACUAUGCCUUGUAUCACCAUUGGGAGUGGAAACAAGUAUCUAUUCGGUCAAUAACAAAUUGGAAAAGAAUACUAAAUACGCGCUGGACUUGGAGGAUCCAACUUCCAACUUCUAUACUCGAAGAAGGGAGAUUCCAAAGUUCAUAUUCAAGAACCAAUCCGAAAUUCUGAGGUGGAUGGGACCUUUGGGAGCUAAAAUGUGUUGGAAUUACAUUCUAUCAGCAUAUAGCCGUAUACCCGAAAUGGAGUACAAAAGCUAUAUUUUCGAACUUCUUUAUGGGAAAGGUGGCAUUGCUCCAACCGCAAGGCAAAUCUUUACAAACUUGUUUACUAGGAAUUUACUAGCGAAGGACCCAAUCAUGGACUCUUUAGGUCAAUUGCAGGCCAAAAAAGUUCUACUGGUAUAUGGUGAUCAUGACUGGAUGAACAAGUAUGCAGGCUACAAAUUGGUGGAGCGCCUCAAUACCAUACGAAACAACACCAGUGCACAAUAUAUCGAAGUGCCUGAAUCCGGGCACAAUCUAUUUCUUGAUAAUCCAACUUUCUUCAACGCUUCCUUGACUGAAUUUCUUUCAGCCAAAUAG